AUGACGAUGUCGAGGGCGGCGGCGGUCGUCCUCCUGCUGGCGGUCGCGUUGGUCUCGACCACGACGACCGUGGCGGCGGCGAGGCACCACCACCACCACCACCACGGCGGGUUCGGGAAGGUGUUCGACCGGCAGGAGGCGGACCUGGUGGAGGCGCUGCCGGGGCAGCCGGCGGGGCUCGGCGUCCGGCAGUUCUCCGGGUACGUCACGGUGAACGAAACCCACGGCCGCGCCCUCUUCUACUGGUUCUUUGAGGCCACCCACGACGUCAGCAGCAAGCCCCUCGUCCUCUGGCUCAACGGAGGGCCCGGAUGCUCGUCGCUUGGGUUCGGAGCACUGGAGGAGCUGGGCCCGCUGCUGAUCCAGAAUGGGACCCCUGAGCUCAGGCUCAACCCCCACGCAUGGAACAAAGAGGCAAAUCUGCUUUUCUUGGAGCAGCCUGCCGGCGUCGGAUUCUCCUACACGAACACCACCGCCGAUCUCGAAAGGUUCGGCGAUGACCUCGCUGCUAACGAUGCCUACACGUUCCUCGUCAACUGGUUCGAGAGGUUCCCGCAGUUCAAGGGCCACGAUUUCUACAUCGCCGGAGAGAGCUAUGCCGGCCACUACGUCCCCCAUCUUGCCGAGAAGAUCGUGGAGCAGAACAAGAAGGUGCACAAGAGCAAGCACAUCAAUUUCAAGGGAUUCAUGAUCGGGAACGCGGCGAUCGACGAGGCGUCGGACAACCGCGGCAUGGUGGACUACGCGUGGGACCACGCCGUCAUCUCCGACGAGCUCUACGACGCCAUCAACGCCAACUGCAGGUUCGACCAGGCCGGCAACAGCAGCGACUUCUCGUCGUCGGGGCAGAACCCACCCAACGCCGCCUGCGACCGCGCCAUGAACGGCUUCUACGAGGCGUUCGACCACAUCGACAUCUACAGCCUCUACACCCCCGCCUGCACCGCCAACCCCUCCGGCGCCGGCGCGGCCGGCCAGCUGCCGCGCCGCCUCCACCGGUCCUCCGCCACUCAGUCCGACAACAGCAGGCCCCUGCGGCCGCGCUACAACAGCUACGACCCGUGCCUGGACAACUACGUCGCCGACUACCUGAACCGCCGCGACGUGCAGGACGCGCUGCACGCCAACACCACCGGGAGCAUCCCCUACGCGUGGACCGCGUGCAGCGACCCGCUGUUCCAGCACUGGAAGGACUCGCCGGCGUCGACGCUGCCGGUGAUCAAGAGGAUGGUCGACGCCGGCCUCCGCGUGUGGGUGUACAGCGGCGACACGGACGCCCGCGUGCCCGUCUCCUCCACCCGCCAGGCGCUGCGCAAGCUCGGGCUCAAGACCCUCAAGCAGUGGAGGGAGUGGUUCACCAGCGACCAGGUCGGCGGCUACCAGGUGGACUACGACGGCCUCACCUUCGUCACCAUCCGCGGCGCCGGCCACAUGGUACCCACCGUCACGCCCGUGCAGGCCAGGCAGCUCUUCGCGCACUUCCUCGCCGCCAAGGAACUGCCGCCCAAACCCAUCGUCGCUUAAGCUUGGAACUUAGCUAGUGCUUGGAUUAUAUUAAAGGUUGAUAUAUUUUCGUUGAGCAAUUAAUUGAAAGGGGUGUGA